AUGCCGCUGAGGUCGCGAAUUUUUGACCUGAAUGGCCUCAAGAUCAGCGACUUCCUCCAGGAAUCCGAGGAGUUCUGGGGGCACGAGAGGAACCUGGUGAAGCACAAGAUGCCCGAGCUCUGCCGGUACUUUUACCGGACCUUGGAGAUGAAAUGCCUGCAGAACAGCAAGGGUGAGGUGAAGUUGGAGCACCCCGAGCGGACCGAGCUGAGCAACCUGAGCAAAGUGGCCAACAGUGCAGUCAAGAGCCUGGAUGCCAAGCAUGGAGAGUUGAGCUCGGAAUGCAUUGCUCUCGAGAAUUGCCCCAAGCUCGCUAGCAAAGCGCCGGAGGUCCGGGUUACCCUGGAUGCUCUGAGGAAGUUUGUGGAGGAUCUUCGAAAGAUCCAGGUCCUGCUGGAUCGCAAGCUUCCCACGAUGGACGAGGCAGCCUGCAAGAACGAGAAGGCCGAGAUGGAGCAGUGGAACCGCAAUGCCAAUGAGCAUCUUGACAAUGUGAAGUUGUUGCUGAAGAAGGUUAGGGGCUGGCAGGCCUAG